AUGAGUGAGAACAGUUCAAGCGAGGCCGCGUACCAGCAACAGGAGGCCGCGUACCAGCAACAGGAGGCCACGUACCAGCAACAGGAGGCCACGUACCGGCAACAGGAGGCCGCGUACCAGCAACAGGAGGCCACGUACCAGCAACAGGAGGCUACGUACCAACAACAGGAGGCGGAGGCCACGUACCAGAAACAGAAGGUCACGAGCAAGAAGCAGGAGGCUACGUACCAACAACAGGAGGCCACGUACCAGCAACAGGAGGCCAAACGUACCAGCAACAGGAGGCCAAACGUACCAGAAACAGGAGGCCAAACGUACCAGCAACAGGAGGCUAUGUACCAACAACAGGAGGCCACGUACCAACAACAGGAAUGUUCCUACCAACAACAGGAGGCCACAUAUAUGAGCAAAAGUUGUGCAUGGUAUAGGUACUAG